AUGGCUGGAAAGAAGAAUGCAAGCCGGGUCAAGACCAUGCGAAAAAGAAUAGAUAAACCGACGGAGGUGAAGAAAACCCCCGAAAUACGGGAAGACGAAAUAAACCCCGACCUGCGAAGAUACUUUGACAUAAACCACAACUUGAGCCCGCCAUACAACAUCAUACUGGACACAAACUUUGUGAACAUGUCGCUUAGGAGAAAGCUGGACAUAGAGCCAGAGCUUAUCUCCUGCUUGUACAGCAGAGUCAACAUGUUUGUUACCGACUGCGUGGUGGCCGAGAUGGAGAAGCUUGGAAAAGUGCACAUGCUUGCGCUGCGCGUGAUAAAGAGCGAAAAGUUCAAACGGCUUACGUGCGACCACCCGGGAAUAUAUGCAGACAACUGCCUCGUGGACAGAGUGAAGCAGCACCCUUGCUAUGUUGUUGCCACGUGCGAUAAAGAGCUGAAGCAGCGGCUUCGAAGAAUUCCAGGUGUUCCAAUUCUUUCGGUGCAAGGCAUGAAGUACUCGGUGGAGUCCCUUCCUGCUACAGGGCUGUUCAAGUUCUAA